AUGCGAAGGCUCGCCUCCCGCAGCUCGCCCCUCCAGCGCAAAUCCAUCGGCGCCCUACAGGACGCGGAGCAGGAGAUCCUCUUUGGCGGGAGCUACUCGCGCAAGGACAGCCUCGACGAGCGCGAGCGCCCCAAAAAAUGGAGCAAGCCACCAUCGCCCAUGGCCAGCGCCAGCGCCAGCGCCAUCGCAGAGAGCUCAUCCAGCUCUGGCCUCCAGGCGUGGCUGGAGGAGCUCAAGAGCAGCGACGCCUCGAUCGCCCAAAUGGCCGCCGUGUUGCGCAGGUGUGUAGCUGAGAGGGAUCUGGGCAGCGGGAUCGGGGCGCACCGAUUGAUCCAGCAGCUGGGACUGGGCAGCAACGUCUUCCUCGCCAAUCUCCUCAUCCACAUGUAUGGCAAGCUGGGCGCGCUGGAAUCCGGCCGCGCCCUCUUCGACGCCAUGCCCGAGCGCAACAAGUUCACCUGGAGCAUCGUGCUGGCAGCGCACGCCCAGAACGGGCGCAACCGCGCGGCGCUGGAUCUCUACGAGCAGAUGUCCGCCACCGGCGUGGAGAUCGACGACGUGCUCGUGGCCACCGUGAUCGGCAUUUGUGCCAACCUCGGGGAUCUUGCCGCCGGGCGGAAGAUCCACGCGAGGGUGACGACUUCCAGUGUGAUCGUCCACACCGCGCUGAUCAACAUGUAUGGAAAAUGCAAAGAACCCGAGGAGGCCAGAGAGAUCUUUGACAAGAUGCCCGAUCGAGACGUGGUGGCCUGGAACGCCAUGCUCGCAGCAAAUGCCCAGAACGGGCAUUUGUACGCUCGCCGGGCCUUGGAUCUCUUCCGCGAGAUGGAGCGGCGGGGCAUCCGCCCGGACUCCUUCACGUACUCGUCAGUGGCGGCGGCGUGCGCGGCCAUCGGUCCAGCGGCGAUCGACGCCGGGCGCGCGCUCCACCUCCAGAUCCUCAAGAGCGGCUUCCACAGCGACGUAGCGCUAGACAACACGCUGCUCAACAUGUACGCUCGCUGUGGAUCCAUCGCUGAGGCCCGCAAGCUCUUCGAUGGGAUGCGUCGCAGGAGCGUCAUCAGCUGGAGCACCAUGGUGGCGGCGUACGCGCACGGCGGCCACCAUCGCCAAGCUCUCGAUCUCUACAAGGCGAUGGAGUCAUCCUCCCCGGCGGUGAAGCCCAACUGCAUCACGCACGCCAACGCGCUCUCGGCGUGUGCCGCGCUGGGGGAUCUGGCGGAGGGGCGGCGGAUCCACGCCAGGGUGGUGGCGGAGGAGUGGAGCGGCGCCGCCGUGGUGUGCUCGGCACUCAUCCACAUGUACGCGAAGUGUAGCUGCCUGGACGACGCGAGGAGAGUUUUCGACGAGCUCCGGCACAGGGACUUGGUGUGCUGGAACUCGAUGGUGGCGGCGUAUGCGCAGUUCGGGCAUCUGGGCAGUGCCGUGGCGGUGUACCGCGAGAUGGUGCUGGACGGGACGGACCCCAGUAGCAUCACGCUCAUCGGGCUCGUCAUCGGUGCCAGCCACGCCGGGCGAGUGGAGGAUGGUCGCGGCUACUUCGUGGAGUUUGUGGAUCACCACCGCGAGGUGGAGCUGCUGUGGGAGCACUAUAUGUGCCUGGUGGACCUGCUGGGACGCUGCGGCUGGCUCCAGGACGCCGAGGAGCUCGUGGAGACGAUGCCGUUCGAGCCGUGCGUCACGGGCUGGAUGACGCUGCUGAGCGGGUGCCGAAUACAUGGCGACGUAGAGCGGGCGGAGCGCGCUGCGGAGAUGGUGGGCGAGCUCGAGCCUGGCGGCGAAGGCGCGCAGUCCAUCCUCAUGCUUGGAGCUCUCGCGGAGAAGAAGGAGUGGGACGUGAUGAGCUUGAUCAAGCGCCACCUCGGGUGAGGUGGUGAGUUUGAGAGUUC